AUGGAGCUGCUGAAUAAGCUAUACGCUGACACGGCCAUGGUGAUUCCUCACAGGCCAUACGCGAUGCUUUCUUCCGAGUCUCGCGAGACGGACCAUCACUUGUAUCUCGGCUCUGAGACUGAGGAAUGGGAUCCUGUAGUGGUGCUGGGUGAGGCAAAGACGGUCCAUUUCUCGGAUUUUCCAGUGCCAAAACCGUGGAAAGUGCAUUUGAGUACGGAUGAUCAGGAUAAUAUCAUCAAUCUAGAGCCUAAAUGCGAAGUGAAGAAAAGGAAUGCUGAGACUGGUGACGAAGAAGAGGAUUGCUCGGGACGGGAUGUGUGGAGGGAGCUAUACGCUGAUUUCAGAGAGCGCAAAGCGAGAGUACGCGCAAAGAUGCAGUGGGUAGACGAUGAAGACGAGGGAUAUGGAGCGUCAAAAGAGGAAAUGGGCGGCUUCAUGAAUUCAAUGCCAGAUACUGAACUAGAUGAUGAUGCUAGGUAUCUGUUAGCGUAA